AUUANUGUUUUCUUGAUCAAGAUUCUGGAUCUUGUCCAAAUAGAGAAAUUAGAUGGUACUAUGAUAAAACUGAUGGAGUAUGCAAGGAAUUUUACUAUGGCGGUUGCGAAGGAAAUGGAAAUAGAUUUCAAUCAAGAAGGGAAUGUGAAACAAAAUGCACAUAUUCUCAAGAUAUCUGCAAAUUACCCAAAGUGCAAGGGUCAUGCAGUGGAUCUUUUGUUCAAUGGCAUUAUUCUCACUCGACAGAUGAAUGUGUUGAAUUUAUGUUUAGUGGAUGCCAAGGAAAUGCUAAUAGAUUUGAUGAUAAAGAAAGAUGUGAGAAAUAUUGUAAGAUUACAUCCACUCCCCAUACUCAAGGUACCAUUUUAAUUAAUAUGAAUUUAAUAUUUGAAUUUCUUAUUUUUGACAUAUAAAUAUAAACUUUUCUAUAAGAAACACAGUCUAAAUUUAUAUUUCAUUUAUUGACUAAAUACUGAAAUGUAGGUGUUCCUCAAUAUACUAAAGCUGGAUAUCCAUUAUGUAAUGUCCAGAUAAAUGAUAUUAGUUGAUUUUUAUGAGCUUUGAUAACUCGAUACACAUA